AUGCAGAGCCUGCUGGUUUACCUGGCCCUGGGAGAAGCAGCCGGCGAUCCCUGGCCGGAGCAGUCUUGGGUCCAAAGUGCAGAUGUGCCUCUGGAGGAGGCGGUGCAGCGGGACAGCCCGGGGCCUCAGGACCAGCCCCCUUGUGGUCCCAGAGAGGAGCCCCUGCGAGACACUGAGUCAGGUGCAGGAACUGUGAGCAGAGCUCAUCAACACCUUCCUGAAGAAGGGCCUGCAAACCUGGAGCUGCUGAGGACUUCCUCAGGGAGGCUGGGGAAGAGGGGCUCCCUGAGCCCUGAGCUGAGCCGAUGGCAGAAGUGGCAGGGGAAGCUGGAGAAGCAGGCGGAGAGCAUGGAGCUUCGGGAGGCCUUUGAGGACGUGGCUGUGUAUUUCACACGGGAGGAGUGGGAGCUGCUGGAAGAUGCACAGAAGGGGCUUUACCGGGACCAGAUGCUGAGGAACUGGCGAGCCCUCGUUUCCCUGGGAUAUCGUGGUCUCACACCUGACUUAAUCUGCUGCAUUGUGCGAGGACAGGAGGAGCUCUGGGUCUGUGAUGAUGAGGACCGUGGGGACAUCUCAAAGUUGGAGGACCUGCUGCCAGGUGGUGCCUGCGUGCUGAGCAGAGUUGAGAAGCAGAGUCUUGAAGAAAGAUCUGCAAACCUGGAGCCUACCUGCACUUCCUCUGGGGGUUUGGUCGAGAUGGAGUCCCUGAGACCUGAGGAAGACCAAUGGCUCCAGAGCCAGGGGAGACCCCAAAAACAGAGGGAGAAUGUAGCUGUGAAGCAGAUGCCAUCUUUCCUUGGGCGUGAGAGUGGAGAAAGGACAGAGUCCAGAGAGAGCCCUGGGCCCAGGGAAGAAUUUGUGGAGAUGAAGAGUCAUGAGACAAAGUUGCACUGGAAAGAGACCCUGUGUCCGAACCAAGCCAGUGGGGAGGGCCUGAGGGGGAAACAGGACGUGCCCGCCAAGCCCAGGGGCAAAGCCCACCCCUACCCUGAGUGCCAGAAAAACUUUAGCUGCCCCUCACAUGGGGCUCUGCCACAUAGGUGCCCUGAGUGUGGGAAGAACUUCACCUGCUCCUCCCACCUGGCUGUGCACCAGUGCAUCCACAAAGUGAAGAGACCACAUCAGUGCUCUGAGUGUGGGAAGAGCUUCACCUAUUCCUCCCGACUGGCCCAGCACCAACGUAUUCACACUGGUGAGAAGCCUUAUCAGUGCUCUGAGUGUGGGAAGAGCUUCACCUAUUCCUACAAUGUGACACUACACCAGCGCAUCCAUUCAGGGGAGAGGCCAUACCAGUGCUCUGUGUGUGGGAAGAGCUUUCCCAGUUCAUCCUACCUGGACCGGCACCAACGCAUUCACACAGGGGAAAAGCCAUAUCAGUGCUCUGUGUGUGGGAAGAGCUUCACCAGUUUAUCCAACCUGUGUGAGCAUCAGCGCAUCCACAGAGGGGAGAAGCCAUAUCAGUGCUUUGUGUGUGGGAAGAACUUCACCCAUUCCUCCCACAUGACACGACACCAGCGCAUCCAUACUAAGGAGAAGCCAUAUCAGUGCUCUGUGUGUGGAAAGAGCUUCACCCAGUCCUCCCACCUGGCCCAGCACCAGCGUAUCCACACAGGGGAGAAGCCAUAUCACUGCUCUGUGUGUGGGAAGAGCUUCACCCAGUCCUUCACCCUGGCCCGGCACCAACGCAUCCACACAGGGGAGAAGCCACAUCAGUGCUCUGUGUGUGGGAAGAGGUUCACCAGUUCAUCCCACCUGGCCUGUCACCAACGCAUCCACACUGGGGAGAAGCCACGUUAGUGCUCUGCGUGUGGGAAGAGGUUCACCAGUUCAUCCCACCUGGCCUGUCACCAACGCAUCCACACUGGGGAGAAGCCACAUUAGUGCUCUGCGUGUGGGAGGAGUUGCAGAGAUUCCUCUGACCUGGCCAUCCACCAGCGUAUCUGCACAGGAUAUAAGCCACAUCAGUGCUCUGACUGUAGGAAGAGCUUCACCCAGUUCUAUUUGGCCCAGAACCAGCGUAUCCAACCACAGAAAAAGUAGUGCUGAGUAUGGAAAGAGCUUGUCCCAGUCCUUCAGCCUGGCCACACACCAGUGUAUGCACACGGUGGAGAAACCACAUCAGUGCUCUGUGUGUUGGAAGAGCAUUGCCCUAUCCUACAGCCUGACUAGACACAAACAUAUUCACGCAGGUGAGAAGCCAUAUCAGUGCUAUGAGCAUGGUAACAUCAUCACCCAUUCUUCAGCCUGGCCACACACCAGCAUAUGCACACAGGGGAGUAACCACAUCAGUGCCCUUAGGGUAGGAAGACUGUCACUGUUUUGUCCCACCUUGCCCAGCACCAACGCACCCACAGAGGGGAGAAGCCGUAUCAGUGCUCUGUGUGGGAUGAGCACCAGUUCCUCCUAUUGGGCCAUCCACUGGCACAUCCAUGCAGGGGAGAAGCCAUAUCAGUGCUCUGAGUAUGGGAAGAGCUGCACCCAGUCCUCUCACCUGGACCGGCACCAACACAUCUGUGAAGAAAUCCCGCUCUGUCUGUCUCCUUGGACUAGGACAUUCCAGCCUCCCCUCUCGUUUUUAAACACUGGCUGUUUGGAUCCAUACAGGGAAGAAUCUACAUCUAUGUUGUUUGUGUGGGAAGAGCUUUACCAAUUCCUUCUACUUGGCCCUGUACCAGCGUAUCCGCAUGAGAGAAGUGCUCUGAGUGUUGAAGGAGCUUCACCAUCCUUCAGCCUGGCCACACGCAGGGGAGAAACCACAUCAGUGCCCUGAGUGUGAGAAGACCUUCACUAUUUCAUCCCACAUGGCCCGGCACAAAUGCAUCCACAGAGAGGAGAAGCCACAUCCUCUGUGUGGGAAGAGCUUUACCAGUUUCUCUGACCUGGCCAUCCCCCAGAGUAUCCACACACAAGAAAGCCACAUCAGUGCUCUGUGUAGGGGAAGAGCUUCACCUAUUCCUGCAGUCUGGUACAAUGCCAGCACAUCCAUAUGGGAGAGAAGCCAUAUUAGUGCUCUGACUGUGGGAAGAAGCUCACCCACUCCUUCAGGCUGGCCACUAUAUUCACACAGCAAAGAAGCAACAUCAUUUCUCCGAAUGUGGGAAGAGCUUCACCCAGUUCUGCAUCCUGGACACCCAUGCAUCCACACAGGGGAAAAAAGACUUUAGACCUUUGUGAAUGAGGAUAGCUUCCACAACUGCUCUCGCCUGUGUACCCACACCCAGGAGAUCCAUAAUUCUGCCAGAAGUGCAGGGAGGGCUUGUGGAUGCCUACCUGCUUGACUUUUACCAGUGGCUGCAUUCAGGGAAGCAGCCUCCUGCUGCUGGAGUGUAAAAUAGCAUCACACAGCCUUCGGGCCUUGUAGGGCACUGCAGAACCCAAAGGACCCAGUAGCUGGUCCCCAAGGUUUAAUUCGCCUGACAGUCUGUCAGGUUUUGCUUUUCAGCCUCUCCAGAAUGCUGUACCCCUGGGUGCCUGCUGCUCCCCUGCCUUUCGCCUCACUUUGUAAUGCAGUCACUGCUCAAAAGGUAGUCCUCCUAGUGCUUGGGAUUCUCGUGCUGGCUGCGGCUGUGGCUGGAUAUUUGUUGUACAUAUGUAGGCAUCUCUGCUAGAGCUGUGGGAAGCAGAGCAGUGAAGAAGGACAGACACACAGCCCUGGGGAGCCCCUGAUGCUGGUCACAACCAAUGAACACUCACUUGCCAGUCGUCAGACAGACAGAUUCAGCAUCAGCAAGGUUUUCCCAGCAGGGGUGACGGUAUGAGCAGGAAGGUGGGUGUAGGCUGGACCAUGCCUUCCCUACCAGUGCUGUUCAGACCCCACCUGCCAUGUCUGUCUGUGUGUGUCCCAAACACCUGGAUUCUGUCUGUGUAUGUAUUGCGGGUCUUUGUCAGAGGGGCACGAUGUAGGAUGAAGCCCUUGAUGUCCAGGUGUCUUGUGGGUCUCUGUUGUGAGCCAGAGCCUCUUUGUCCUGAAUAAUUAACCAAUAAUCACAGUCUGGUCCUCACCUGCCAUGCUUUGAUGCAUCUUAUAACUCAGGAGGUGUUGCUGUGUUGAAGGUUUCAUAGUUGGUAGGGUUGGAAGGGACCUGAGGAGAUCAUCUAGUCCGACCCCCUUCCGUGGCAGGAAAGAGCACUGGGGUCAAACGACCCCGGCCAGAUGUUCGUCCAGCCUCCUUUUAAG